CAAGUAGCCAAGAAUAAGCCUCACAACAUCACUCUCAUCAACAUUCAUUUUAACCUGUACUGUUGUCACACAAACGUCGCGCAUGCGUGUUUCGCCUAUCGUAGAUAUGGCGGAAUUUGAUGUGAUCGUGUUGUCAAGCGACGACGAAUCGGGCGGCGAGGAUUUCGUCUCGCUCGGCGAUCAGGAAGAACGCCUAGAAGCGUUCCUAGCUCGUCUGUGUGGCGAAGUCGACGAAGAGGCGAAGGGUCUGGUCCGUCUUCGUUUCCGCCAAUGCCAUCCUCUCUAUCUCAAGUCCAAGGCAUUUGAGGAAGAGCUGAGUCGAUGUACGGACAUCGUCAACUCUGGAAACGUGCACGUACUGGUAGCCGACGUGCUGGAUUUGUUAGAAAAGAACAGCAGAGUGACACAAGUCAAAGAACAGUGGAACAGGCGGCGGUAUGACACUCCUGAGAGGGAUCCAUCACAGGAGCAGACGACGGGCUCUUUCCCAGAUGAGGCGACUUUUUCAGAGAGAGAGACUUCGGAGUUUGACAGAGAUAGUUCGAUGUCUGUGUCGAUGGCUUCUGCAUUGGAGCAUUUGAAUGGUGAAGGUGAAAGUGGUGGGGAGAGGCUGAGAGGAGAGACAACAGAGAGAAACCCGUCAUCGGGUACGUCAACAUUACAAGAAAGACUUAGUGCUAUGAAACAACGCAAAGUGAAGAACCUGGAACGAAAACUCGAGGUUCUAUCGAAACACAUCAGACGUUGUGAAGAGAUAGAAAUUGAUUUCGACGACUUGGACAAUGAGCACAGCACUUAUCUUAUGGAAGACAAACUCAAGAGGAAGUACCUCGAAGUACAAGGCAAACUUUGUAGACUAAAAGAUGAGAUACUGGACACAAGUGAUAGAUCCUUCAAAUAUAGUGGCUCGGAGUAUGAUAUGAUCAACAAGGUAGUCACACGAUGGGUAAGAAAAAACAAGGAUUUUCCUGAUGUAGAUGACAUUAGAGAAGUAGUGAAGAAGGCAAACAAACGACAUGAUUUGGGAAUGUCAGACGAAAGAGUAAGGGAGGAAGCAAAGACUGUAAUGAUGGAUUUAGGCAAAAAGCUACAAGAGUUUAGACAGAAACAGUUUGUUCGUGAUUUUGGAUCACAUUUGACUGAUUCAAUUCACACGCACGAAGAUCCUGCUUACUAUAACGAUGAUCUUCGAGUACAACUGGAACAACAAGAUGCAUUCUAUGAAGAAGCGAUGGAAAAUCUUAUGGAAGACUUUGUUAGGAAACAAGAGAAAAUAGGAGACACUGUAGACACACAGACAACGCCCACACAUUCUCCCACAGUCCCAAGUCAAGUUUCAGGAGAAGACAGUGUUGAAGAGGAAGUGUGAUAUCGUCGAAGUGGGAGACAUAAAUAUCAAUAACAAACAAACAGAGGAAAAUGUUAUAUGAUGGUAAAAUCAAUGAGUAAAUAGACUACCUAGUAUGAUGGCAGCUGUAUAUUUUAAUACACUUUACUUUCAAUCAAAGCUGUCACGAGCAUGAACUCAAACUAAAAUUGGUAUCAUCUGACUUGUAUUUGUAAC